CUCCAAGAUGGCCGCCGCUUGAAGCGACCAUACUUUUGUUUUGUUUCCGUUUCUUUCAUUUCCGUUUUAGCUAACUCGGAUUUGAAAUAAGUCCGGCAAACUGAGGACCGAAAACUAAAUCGAAUAUACAAGCUGGGGUUUGUGUGAGAGAUGUCGACUGGCCAGUCUGAGGAAGCGCUGGAGAUUGAGAUCAAUGGACAAGACAAACAGGAGGUUGUGGAAGAUGGGGUCGAGGAGCACACAGUCUUGACCAGUGAGUUUGUCACCCAAGCAAUCGACAUCAAUGAGCCAAUCGGCAACCUCAAGAACCUGCUGGAACCACGCCUCCAGUGCUCAUUGGAUGGAUACGAGAUCUGCCUACAGGAUAUCCUGCUGAUGCCUGAGCACAGCCUGUUUGAUCAGGGCGUGAAGACUGAGGGCACCGUACAGCUCAGUGUACAGAUCUGCACAGAGGGUACGGAGCCCAGGCUGAACAUUGUGGAGAUCGUGAAGCCGGUAGAGACAGUAGAGGUGCUGAUCGAUGAGGAAGAGGAGGGUGCGGAGGAAGGGCAGGUGUUCGCACUGGAAAGUUCUGCCGUCACCGAUGACACGUCUGAUGAGGUGACCCACUGGACCAUCAACCAGCCGGUGCAGUUUGUCUCCGCCCCCCUGCAGCAGGCCGCGCCCCCAGCGCUGAAGGUCCUGCCCACCAAGCAGAGUAAAGUUCAGCGGCCGCGCGUCUCCGGGGGAGAGGAGCGCAGCACCCCAGGGAAUCGCACCGGUAAUAACGGGCAGAUCCAGCUGUGGCAGUUCCUGCUGGAGCUGCUGACGGACAGGGAGGCGCGCAGCUGCAUCUGCUGGGUGGGGGACGAGGGCGAGUUCAAGCUCACGCUGCCCGAGCUGGUGGCACAGAAGUGGGGCCAGCGCAAGAACAAGCCCAGCAUGAACUACGAGAAGCUCAGCCGCGCCCUCAGGUAUUACUAUGACGGGGAUAUGAUCUGCAAGGUGCAGGGGAAGCGCUUUGUGUACAAGUUUGUGUGCGAUCUGAAGAUGCUGAUUGGCUACAGCGCGGCCCAGCUCAACCAGCUGGUCCUGGAGUGUGAGCAGAGGAACGCUAGCCGCAUGCAGCUGCCCGUCGCCACGGUGACCCUGGCCAGCCCACCGCCACGGUGACCCUGGCCACUGCCAACACCCUCAACUGGCACAGCUGAAGAGGAGUGAGUGCGAGUGUGUUUCUGUGAGUCUGUGAGAGUCUGUGGGAGUAAUGCCCUCAAUUUAUGUCCAGACCGACCGUUAUCUGGUGUGAAUGUUGUUCAGGCUCAAUGUUUUACGGGUUGAAUAUUGUAGCAUUGAUAUUAUAGGGGUUUUAAUGUUGUACGGACUGGAUGUUGAAUGUUGCUCAGGUUGAAUGUUGUGCAGGCUGAAUAUUGUAGCAUGAAUGUUAUAUGGGCUGAAUGUUGUAGCAUUAAUGUUCUCUGGGCUGAAUGUUGUAGCAUUAAUGUUGUAUGGGUUGAAUGUUGUAGCAUUAAUGUUCUCUGGGCUGAAUGUUGUAGCAUUAAUGUUAUAGGGUUUGAAUGUUGUAGCAUUAAUGUUAUAGGGGUUGAAUGUUGUUGCAUUAAUGUUAUAGGGGUUGAAUGUUGUUGCAUUAAUGUUAUAGGGGUUGAAUGUUGUAGCAUUAAUGUUAUAGGGGUUGAAUGUUGUAGCAUUAAUGUUAUAGGGGUUGAAUGUUGUAGCAUUAAUGUUAUAGGGGCUGAAUGUUGUAGCAUUAAUGUUAUAGGGGCUGAAUGUUGUAGCAUUAAUGCAUUAAUGUUAUAGGGGCUGAAUGUUGUUGAAUGAAUGUUCAGGCUCUGUGUUUUAUGGGCUGGCUUUUGUAUUCCCUCUGAGGGUUGAGCCUGUGGUUGUAUAUAAACUCUGUGCUUUAGUUCACCGCAGGGUCCGGCUGCCUCUGUUUGUGAGGGACCUUUCCCCAGGGUGGCAGCUCUCACCUGGGGUAAUAAAGGGACUUGUUGUUUUUUAA